AUGGGCGAUAUCGAGGAUACACACUUCGAAACGGGCGACUCCGGUGCCUCCGCCACUUUCCCCAUGCAAUGUUCCGCUCUCCGCAAAAACGGCUUCGUUAUGCUCAAGGGACGCCCCUGCAAGAUAGUUGAGAUGUCCACCUCCAAGACUGGCAAGCACGGACAUGCUAAAGUUCACUUGGUUGGCAUUGAUAUAUUCAAUGGAAAGAAAUAUGAAGAUAUCUGUCCAUCCACCCACAACAUGGACGUACCACACGUAAAGCGUGAGGACUACCAGCUCACUGACAUAUCCGACGACGGCUACCUCACACUGAUGGCCGACAAUGGAGACCUGCGUGAGGACCUGAAGAUCCCAGACGGAGAACUUGGUACCCAACUCCGUACUGACUUUGACAGUGGCAAAGAAUUGCUGUGCACCGUGCUGAAGUCGUGCGGCGAGGAGUGCGUCAUUGCAGUGAAAGCAAACACGGCUCUCGAUAAA